AUGAGCUCGGGUGAGCCCACCGUUCAGCCUAAUGGGGCCAGUGGUGCAUCGCCACCAGCUGGCAAGAAGCAUAUCCUGCUCAAUGCCUUUGAUAUGUCCACGAUCGGCCAUCUUUCUCCUGGACAAUGGAAGGAUCCAUCUGACCGAAGCACAACCAAGCGCCGUCUUGACUACUGGAUCGACUUAGCCAAGCUCCUUGAGAAGGGCGACAUCAACGCUCUGUUCUUGGCUGACACCACAGGCCCCUACGAUACUUAUGGGCAAAGCGCGGAUGAGUGUAUUCGUCGAGCUGCACAAUGGCCGAUGACUGACCCCUCUAUCCCGAUAUCUGCAAUGGCUGCAGUAACGAAGAAUUUGGCAUUUGGUAUUACCACAUCGACCUCGUUUGAGAAUCCAUUCAUCCUUGCGAAGCGGUUUUCGACGUUGGACCACCUGACCAACGGGCGAAUUGCGUGGAACAUUGUCACUUCCUACAAGAAGGGUGCAUUCAAAGCAAUUGGAAUGGACACCCCCAUCGAGCACGAUGAACGCUACGCCCAGGCAGACGAGUACCUGCGGGCUCUUUAUAAACUCUGGAACGGCAGCUGGAGUGACGACACUAUCUUGGCGGAUGCUGAGAAAGACGAAUACUUCGACCCAACGAAGAUACGAACAAUCAACCACCGCGGCAAGUAUUACUCUCUCGAGACAAGGCAUAUUGUAGAUCCUUCUCCGCAAAGAACGCCCUUCCUGUUUCAGGCAGGCACUUCUUCCGCAGGUUCCGACUUUGCGUCGAAGCACGCCGAAGCAGUCUUCGUACAAGCCCACGUUCCCGAGAUUCUGAGAUCCAGAGUCGCAAACAUCCGUGUUCUGGCCAAGGAGCAGGGACGAGAUCCGCGAUCAGUCAAGUUCUUUGCCACGCUUACCCCAAUUCUUGGGAAGACAGAUGAAGAAGCACAAGAGAAGUUGGAGCACAUUAAAAAGAAUGCAUCGACGAUCGGUGGACUAGUACUUUUCUCAGGCUGGACAGGCAUCGACAUCUCGAACAUCCCGCUAGACAAGAAAUUGACAGAGGAAGACUCCACCGAAGCCAACAAGGUCACCUCAAUGAUGAAGUCCGUGGUCGCUAUUCCGGAUCUGACCCCUAAGGUUGUCGCCGAGAAAGCUGCAAUUGGAGGAAUGUCUCCUUUAAGUGUAGGAUCUCCCCAGACUGUUGCCGAUGACAUGGAGCGAUGGAUAAACGAGGGCGACAUAGAUGGCUUCAACAUUGCCUACACAACGACGCCUGGUACGUUCGAAGAUGUAGUUGAACUGCUUAUUCCAGAACUUCGGCGCCGUGGUCUAUAUCCCGAAAAACUGGAAGAAGGUCUUACAGCACGCGAGAAAGUGUACGGUAAGGGUCAGGCGAGGCUCCGGGCUGAUCAUACUGGCAGCAGAUACAACUACGAUGUGUAUCAGGAGGAUCCGCCUUACGUGGCAGAGAGUGAGACAAACACGGGAGCACAAGUUGGGAACUAG